GUUUGAACGUGCUGGUAUCAGUUGUCAGAGCUCAUGAUUAACACGUGAACGCAACAAAAGUUCAGUCUACAGUCUACAGAGUUGUGACAUCUGUGGCCAUGGAGGAAAAACAGAGCAGUACGGACACCAAUUUUUCCCCAGACCCAGGGGGGGCCGAAACAACUCAAGAUGCCCCACGUGACCAAAGCCCAGAGAAAAUUAUCAGCAGACAGCUGACUGAACAGAGUCGCUUUGCCUAUGCUGCCCUGUGCGGUGUGACUCUGGGUCAGUUGUUUACUGGACCUGAAAACAGCGUGUUCAGGGAACAGUACCUGCACGGCUUGGUCCGCUGGCUGGACCUGGAUGAAUCGGUGAUGCCAGUUAUGGGGGCCUUCUUGUCAGGCCUGGGCUUUGAGGGCUCCGACACCUUCCUCUCCAUCCUGCAGGCCGAAACCCUGCUGGCUGCAGGGGCCACCCCCAUCAUACAGGAUCUGGUGUCUUUUUCAGUCAAAGAUGGCCAGUAUGAUGCCAGAGCGAGGGUGCUCAUCCGUCACGUCAGCUGCCUGCUGCGAGUCUGUCCACAGCAGCUGGAGGAGUUUGAGGAAACUCUGGUAGAGAAGCUGAGGGAAGGAGGAGAGGAGAGCGAAGAGGAGUCGUCCCGGCGGCUGAAGAGAGAAAGAGGGCGCAAGUUACGACGCUACCUCCUCAUUGGACUGGCCACUGUGGGCGGAGGAACUGUGAUUGGAGUGACAGGUGGGCUGGCAGCCCCCUUGGUUGCAGCUGGGGCCAGUGCUGUGCUGGGGGCUGGAGGGGCUGCUGCUCUGGGCUCAGCUACCGGCAUAGCCAUCAUGGCCUCCCUGUUUGGUGCAGCAGGAGCUGGAUUGACUGGGUAUAAGAUGAAAAAGUGUGUUGGGGCAAUAGAGGAAUUUCAGUUCUUGCCACUGACUUCCGGGAAGCAUCUUCACCUUACCAUUGCCGUGACGGGUUGGCUCUGCAGUGGUAAAUACAGUUCGUUCCAGGCCCCGUGGUGCAGCCUGGGAGAGUGCGGGGAACAGUACUGCCUGGUGUGGGAGUCACGUUACCUCACUGAUCUGGGCUCGGCCAUGACCUCUCUGUUGGAUGGGCUGGUCAGCAUAGUGGCCCAGGAAGCGCUCAAGUACACGGUGCUCUCAGGCAUCGUGGCGGCUCUGACGUGGCCUGCGUCUUUGCUGGCAGCAGCCAGCGUCAUUGACAACCCCUGGUGUGUUUGUCUGAACCGCUCAGCUGAGGUGGGGAAACACCUGGCACAGGUUUUGAGAAGCAGACAGCAGGGGAAGCGUCCUGUGAGUCUCAUAGGUUUCAGUCUUGGGGCCAGAGUUAUCUACUACUGUCUACAAGAGCUUGCCAAUGACCAAGGUAGUGAAGGAGUAGUGGAGGAUGUAGUCCUCUUGGGAGCCCCUGUGGAUGGCUCUGAAAAGGCCUGGGAGAGAAUGACACGGGUGGUGGCUGGGAAAAUAGUGAACGGCUACUGCAGAGGGGACUGGCUCCUGGGGUUCUUGUACCGAAGCUCAGCUGCACAACUGUCUGUUGCUGGGCUACAGCCAAUCAACAUCCAGGAUCGGCGCGUAAUCAAUGUUGAUCUUUCUUCUGUGGUGAACGGUCACUUGGACUACAUGCGUCAGAUGGACACCAUCUUGGUGGCUGUAGGAGUUCCCACCAAAGAAGUCCCAGGAGCCUCCUUUGCUCUUCCUCAGGCUGUAGCAAUUACAAAGGGGACAGUGGACCUCCCUGACCCAACCUCCAAUGAGCAACAAGUGAGUGAGACACCAAACCAAGCUGAGGAUGCUGAGACUUGUACAGAGGAAAGUGGAGACGUGAAGGACAUGGAAGAGACAGAGGACACAGGUGACGGUUGGGAUAUCCCUGAUAUUUCAGACCUGCUGGACUCAUUAAAUGAUGCAGAAUCACAGGGUCAGAACGGAGCCAGGAACAAUUUACUGCUUGCUUCUGAGGAAAUUGCCGCUAAUGACAAUACAGCCUGUGCUUUUAAUGCCCCAUGUGACAGAGUAGAGGAGGCUGACACUGAUAAUGAACACAUAUCAUGGAGCUGGGACGAUACACACUGGACCGUAGAGCACACACACAAACACAGGCAGCCAAACUUGUAAAGAGCAUGAUACAGGACCAGCUGCUUCCCUGUAAAAUCUUGUCUUCUCAAGUUUGUCGGAGAAAAUAUUCAUUCCAUUCUCAGCACAGUGACAUGCCAGAGCUGACAGCCCCUGAAUUAACUGCUUUAUUUAACCACUAAAUGGUGUUUUUAGACUAUUGGAUUAAUUUAAUAACUACUUAGAAUCUUGUAAAUGAAGUAGAUAUUUUUGCAAAUUGUAAAUACCGUGAUAGUUUAUUUUCUGAACUGACUGUGAGAUUAAAUACAUGUAAAUAUUACUUGUGUUUUGCAGGUUUUUGAGGAUGCUGACAAUUAGGUGAUACCUCUGUUGCUCUCUUCAUUCUAGUUUUCAUCAUGGCUUAGUUGCAAUGGACAGAUACUAAUGUGAAGUGGUACCCUCUGUGGAGUUUACAAAGAGUUAAGUUACAUUGUAUGCUGGCACUGAUUAUUUAAAACAGUUUUAGCUUGACCGUGCCGUUUUUGUUUUGGUAAUGCACCUGUAUCUUCUUAAGCCAUAUUUCAUAAUUGCACAAUUUGAUACAGAUCAAGAUUGGGGCUUACUGGAUUUGUGUCCAUAGAUCUUUUCCUGUGACUAUAAAGAAUUCGUUUUAAA